CCCUUCCUCUCCCCCCGCCCGGCCCGUUAUGGCGGUCUCGGCCCCGGUUGUUGUGGGGGGGGGGGGAAGGCCUCAGUGUGUGAGGAGGGGGUGUGGGUGCUCAUCCCGACCUCCCGGUCCCAGCCCGGGCUCCUGCUCUGCUCCCGCCUCUGGAAGGAUGUCGGAGGGGGUGGAUCUGAUCGAUAUCUACGCCGAUGAGGAGUUCAACCAGGACUCAGAGUUCAGCAGCGCCGACCAGAUGGACCUGUACGACGAUGUGCUGGCCGUCAGCUCCCAGCCCCCCGAGAGCCGCAGCAGCAGCAGCUCCGAGCCCCCCCCUGAGAUCCGUCAGGAGCCCUCUCCCAAAGCCAACAGCAAGGCCCCCGCCAUCCUGUACACCUACAGCGGGCUGCGCAACAAGAGGGCUGCCGUCUACGUGGGCAGCUUCUCCUGGUGGACGACUGACCAGCAGCUGAUCCAAACCAUCCGCUCCGUCGGCGUCUACGACGUGGUGGAGCUGAAGUUCGCAGAGAACCGAGCCAACGGCCAGUCCAAAGGGUACGCAGAGGUGGUGGUCGCCUCCGAGAACUCGGUGCACAAGCUCCUGGAGCUCCUGCCUGGCAAGAUGCUCAACGGGGACAAGGUGGAGGUGAGGCUGGCCACCCGGCAGAACCUCUCCCAGUUCGAGGCCCAGGCUCGCAAACGUGUGCCUCCGAGGGCCCAUUCCCGGGAUUCCGUGGACUCCGUGGAUGGCCGUGCCACACCGACAGAGAAUGCUUUGCCUGCAGCCCGCCCGGACAAACCCCCCUCGGUCCUUCCCUUCUUCAACCGCCCCCCCACUGCUUUGCCCCUUAUGGGGCUGCCCCCUCCACCCAUGCCACCACCUCCUCCCUUGUCCUCCGGCUUCGGUGUCCCCCCGCCACCCCCCGGUAUCCACUACCAGCAUCUCAUGCCCCCCCCGCCUCGACUGCCCCCACACCUCGCUGUGCCCCCCCCAGGGGCUGUCCCCCCUGCCCUGCACCUCAACCCUGCCUUCUUCCCCCCACCCAACGCGGCGCUGGGUCCUCCACCGGACACCUACGGCAAGGCCAUGGCUCCCUACAACCACAGCAGCCGGGAGCUGGGCCCUCCCCCGGCCCCAGUGAGUGAAGGGGAGUUUGAGGAGAUCAUGAACAGGAACCGGGCCAUCUCCAGCAGCGCCAUCUCCAAGGCGGUGUCCGGCGCCAGCGCAGGUGACUACAGCGACGCCAUCGAGACCCUGCUCACGGCCAUCGCCGUCAUCAAACAGUCCCGCGUGGCCAGCGACGAGCGGUGCCGCGUCCUCCUCUCGUCCCUCAAGGACUGCCUGCACGGCAUCGAGGCCAAGUCCUACAGCACCGGCGCCAGCAGCAGCUCCUCCAGGAAAAGGCACCGAUCCCGGGAGCGCUCCCCCAGCCGGUCCCGUGAAAGCAGCCGGCGGCACCGGGACGUGCUCCACAGCGAGGACCGGCACGAGGACUACUUCCAGGAGCGGAACCGGGAGCACGAGCGGCAUCGGGACAGGGACAGAGAGAGGGACCGGCACCACUGAGACAGGAAUUUGGCAGGAAGUGGUUUUUAAUGGACUCGUAUCUCCUCCCCUCGACGAGGCUGCUCCACUCUCCCACCCCAUCCCAGGCUCCCCCCCCAGCUCCCUCCGGACACCCCAGGAAAGCCGUGGAGCACGCCAGCAGCCGGGCCUCCCACCGGACACCUCGUGGCCUUGGGGCCGGAGCCCCUGCUCCCUUCUGCUUCCCAGAGGGAAUGCCAGCACCCGGCUCAGCCCGCUCUGCUCCACGGAUACUCGGACCCAAAGAGAAAUGGUGCUUUUCCUUCCACGGAGGGAGGGUGGUGAGGCCGUGCUGGGAAGAGGAUGGAUCCUUCCCAAGGCUGCACGGAUCCCGCUCCGUGCUUGGGGUUGCUGGAAGCGGUACCAGGGGUUCCCCAGCCUCCUGCCCCCCUCCUGUGGGGACGCUCGUGUCCCCAUUGCCCCGCAGUGCCAGCACAGGCCCCCAUGCUGCUCCUUUUCCCCUUUAUCCUCCCUGCUCAGCCCAGGAGGGCUGGAGCAGAGCUGGGGCUCAGCCCUUCCCUCUGCCCCACAUUCCAGGGCUCUCCUGCAGCACCUUCCUUGUUUUAGAGGAAGAGGAGGCAGCAGGGCAGGAUGCAACCCCCCCCCCCCCCAGAUGCUUAUCCCUGGGGAUGCUCUCCCCAACCACCCUUCCAGGGGGCACAAUGGCAGGGGGGGGGUUGUUCCCCAUGCUCGAGGGGGCUGCACCUCUCCAGGCCGGGUGGGAUCCCAAGGGAAGCACCCACAAAGGGUCGGGCUGAGCUGAGGAGACAAGGGGCAACUUCCAGGGCUGGUGGCU